AUUACAAGUUCAAAAAUUUCCAAGAAAUAGUUAUAGAACCGGGAGACCUGAAAAACUAAAUGUUUAUAAGUACCUUCUUUAUCGCUUGAAUACGCAAGAAGGAUAGAGAGGCAGGUAACGAAAUUUCAUUUUUUGCGGUAGGCUCUCAUGUCGAGUGUUAUAAUAAAAACCAAGCGCUCUCGUAAAACCAUUAUAAAUACGAUAUUUUUUGCUUUAUAAUUUCAAUAUUGUAGCUUUGUCAUUAAUACAUUAUAAUAUGGAUUAUAUAUCACUAAAGAUAUACUAUAUUUUUGAAUUACCGUUGUAGAUGGUACACUGAUCACAUCCUUAUUGUGUUUUGGUGACAAGCAACACUUAACUCUUGUCUGUGCAUGGACGACAAACGUAGGAACGUAAUAAAUCGGUGUCUCCUAGGAAAUAUUAUUGAUGUCUUAGAAACUUCAGGACGAGCACUAUAUUCAUUAUGCUGAGAGUAUGAAAUAGAAGUAACGACGUGCAAUAAAGUAUACGUAAAAGAUGUUAUCAAGUAAGGUCCAUUGUGGAACUCGGGUUGGCCAUGGAUGCUAAGGACUCGCGGGCUGAGGUAGUGCUGACGGAACGUAGCAACGAUGGCGGCGCUAAGUUCGCGCUCCAGUACGACAGGAGCAAGAGUCACGACGUCGCAGCCAGCGCAUUCAAGGGGGACACGGCGGGCGUGCGCCCGUGCGCCGUCAUAGGCCCCGACCGCGUCGUGCCGCCCUCGCGGGACGGCCCCAAGAAGACGCCAACCGAGCCAUGGCUUGCCCCCGACCCCAUCUACCGGCGCAUGCCUGAUUACCCUUACAAGAUGCCCGACCACAAGGACCCCACAAGAAACAUAUCACCACGACAGACAUUCCAAGAAAAUAUGCAGCGCAUUAUCAUGCCACCAGGAUAUAAUUCGACUAAACUGCAUGAAGAUUCCCCGUUUGCAUCCAAAAAUACAAAGUUAACUGUGCCCACUGAGGUAAAGUAUUGUGAAGUGCCUUAUAAUAUUAAUCAAGUAAGUAGUGACCAAAAACAUAUUAGGACUGCUGAUCAUAGUGCAUCAAAUGUAAACCCAUUGCUUAUGAGAGGAGUUCCACAUGGGUGGCCUGCCGGUAGUGUACAUGUACGCCCAUUGAGGACUUAUGGUGCUCCGGAAGGGCUGCCAUACCCAGAUUAUGUCAACUGUACUGGUCCGAGGCCAGUGCUUACUAGGACUCAUGAAGAACCACUGUAUCCGGAUCCCUAUUACCAUGAGAGCAACAUCCGCUUCAAACCCUAUCCCAACAUUAAAGAGAGAUACCCGCAGGGCAGGUAUGAAUAUCUAGGAAAUUAUCCAAGUCCUUACCAUCCCCCCAAUCCCUUUGCUCAUAAAUAUGAAUUACCAAAGACAAUGCCGCCUCACUCAUAUCCUGGCUAUCCCCAAGUACCCAAAUAUACUGAGAGGAUACCUGAGCCUCUUAUGGAUGGUUACCAAAGAGCCCUUAGUCAACAAGGCAAUUAUGGUGUUCCCAUUCGUAACCCUGUUAUUCAUUCCUCUUAUAGACCUAUGCCUGGGAACCAUAUGCAAAAUAAAUUGAACCCAUACCCACCAGACGGACAACUUAAACCAGUUCCAAACAAACUGCCUUAUGACCCCACAAGUAAGAUGUACCUUGAUUAUGAUACCCGUUCAAAGCCCUUGCCUAUGCCUGAUAAUUAUUAUCUUAAUGAAGGGCCUAGGCCAUAUCAUGCUAAAAAUACUAUUGUUGUACCAAAUUUUGCUUCUUCAAGCAUGCAUGGAGUAAAUGCUCAUCCAUACUAUAUUAAAGAAAAUAUGUCAUUGAAAAAUUAUGAAUAUCCUCGAUAUAAAACCAUGGACCCAUCUAUGUUAAAUCAUUCUCUAACAAAACUACCACCGCAGUUUUCCCCCAGUGCCUUAGCAAUAUCACCAGCAGAUUCAAAUGCUAGCAAUGAAACAGCACUGACUCAUGGCACUUCUCAAGAUGACUGUGGAUAUGUAAGCCAAUCCUCAAUGACAAGUGUGAGAAGUAUAGAGAGUCUAAACAGAAUUCCAAUGGAUCCUUAUGGUAGAUAUGACUACAGAUAUGGUCCAAUAGUAAGAGCUUCCCCACCUACCAAACCAGAUUCCAGCAGUAACCAAGGGUCAAAAUCUAAAAAAGAUAUAAGACAAUUUAUAUCAUCAUGGAGUGAAGGAGAUGAUGAAAAUGCUGAAAACAGUGCUAAAAGAGAUGGUGUUAAGAACAUGACUGAUGAUAAACAUACUUUUAGUAAGCAGUAUGAUAGUGUUAAUAAUCAGGAACAACUCUAUGUCCUUGGAUUAGUCAAUGUCCCAAGUGAAGAGCUCAGCAAAUAUGAACACAUUCAAAAAGUAUCCAAAUUACCCGAAAAUAUUAAAGGCUAUAACAGUCUUGAAUUGCUCAAUCAAUUUGAAGAAGCCAUAGAAUCUUCAAAUAUUACCAGUGUUAAACCACCAAGGACAAUACAAAUGCCGUUAAAAAGUGUUCAACACAAACAUGAGCCAAUACCUCGUGCUUUGUCACCAUUGGAUGUUGAAGCUAAAAUCAGUCAAUCUGUUAUUCAUAAGGAAGUUGGCUGUAAUUUCGAAAUUAAGCCAUGUAGCCCGAAAAUGUUGAAUGUCGAGGUGGCUACACCCAUGCAGAUGCUCAAUGAAAGAGUUAUUGAAAAAGUAGCUAAUCCACAUAAUGUAAAGUCACCUAUAAUAAUACAAGCUGUGGAUGACAACUUAGACCACACUUUAUUGAAUAAAACAAUAAAAUGUCCGAUACCGAACACAGCAUCAAGUUGUAAAAUGAACAGUCAACAUCUAUCUAAUUCACCUACUGUUGAUCAUUUAAAAACAAGUUAUACUUUACAAGAUUUAGAAAGUAAUUCAGGUGUAUGUUUGGCUUCCUUACCCAGACUAGACACAGAUAUAGAAUUGAAUUUCCCUGAAGUAAAUCAACAAUUUAUUAACGCAAACAAAACAGAUUCGGUUAUAACUACAUCUUUCACAAAAGAUCUGCCUUCCUUGGAUAUUGACCGGUCUGCUAUUACCAUGACUGAAUGUGAUAUGAAUUAUCAAUAUUCGCCUAAAAUGGAAACUGAAACAGAUUUUUCACGAUUAAGCAAAUACAGAAAAUUAAAAAGAUGUGUUCUAGAUGAGAAUGAUGAACCAGCAAAAGUUCAAGCUACAAGAAUAGAUAGUGUAAUUAUAAAAAAUCCUGAUAACACAAGAAGUCUUGAAGAAACCAAUGAUAAUUCUGGGAGCGGUUUAAAAGAUGACCUUCAAGAAUUUGCUAUGAACUUAGUGUCUCAAACUAAAAAUACAAAACAACAAAAUGAUGUGGAUAAAAUGUUUGACCCUUCCACCAACUCCACUAUCACCGGUAGAUAUGAUGAUGUUAAAACUAAUUUACCCAGCACUUUUAUGCAUCAAUCAAGUAAUUUAUCAAACAGACAUUUUAACGAGAAUGAAGAGAUCAGCUGUAAUAAUGCUGUCCAUGCACAAACAGAAGAUUGUAAUAUGCACAGUAAAGAUAUUUCAAACCGAUAUUUAGAAAAGGCUGCUUUAGAUAUUCCAAUGAAUCUGUCUCCACAGGCAAGAUAUUCGAUGAUCGAAGUAGACGAAGAAUGCAGAAAUUCUGAAAAGGGAGAUAAAACCUUUGUUUUAGAAGAGAAGCAUCAGUUUGCUAUGGAUCCUAUAGUGGAUGAAAAAACUGCGUCUCCAGCGUAUAACUCAGAAGACCAGAACGAAAAUACUUCUGACACAUACAUAACCAAAUAUGAUGAAGAAAAAAUGUGGGUCGAAGACGUUGGCUGUGAAGAAACUAUUGAAACCGAGGACAUUGCAGAAAAUAUCAUUAUUGGUGAUCCCGCUUCUCCAAAUAAUACGGAAUUAACUGAUUAUGAAUCGAACGAUGAAGACAUGGAUAUCUUAACCAUGGUACCACUUCAAAGCGACCCUUGCUUACUAAAGCUGCUCAAAAAUAUAUUCCUCCGCUUAGGGAGACUAUUCCUGACCUAA